CCCCAUCAUUGGUGUCAGAGCGAAGAAUCGUGCCCCAUCAUUGGUGUCAGAGCGAAGAAUCGUGCCCCAUCAUUGGUGUCAGUGGGAGGAAUUGGUGUUCCCAUCAUUGGUGUCCGUGGGAGGAAUAGUGCCCCAUCAUUGGUGUCAGAGGGAGGAAUCGUGCCCCAUCAUUGGUGUCAGAGCGAAGAAUCGUGCCCCAUCAUUGGUGUCAGUGGGAGGAAUAGCACCCCAUCAUUGGUGUCCGUGGGAGGAAUAGUGCCCCAUCAUUGGUGUCAGUGGGAGGAAUCGUGCCCCAUCAUUGGUGUCAGUGGGAGGAAUCGUGCCCCAUCAUUGGUGUCAGAGCAAUGAAUCGUGCCCCAUCAUUGGUGUCAGUGGGAGGAAUAG